AUGUUGAGAAAGCGACGCAAAAAAAACGCGAUAGCCAUCUACCGAGAUCGCGACGAGCUUCACCCCACGGUCACUGAGGACGACAACGGCAACCAACCCUCAAAGGCCGUUUCUCGUGCCCCUUCGCGGGCUCCUUCUCGAACCCCAUCUCGAUCUCACUCGAGAUCACGACAUCGAACCUCGCCCCCCCUUGAGGAUCGCCGUGAUCACUCUCCAAAGGCCCCCUCUCAUGACCCUGUGAGAAGAGAUAGUCCUUCGCGUCAGCACCAGCCGAACUAUCCUGGUCCCACUACUCAAUUAGCACCAGUUGAUUCCAACCCAACAACUCAACCAGUUGAAUCUCCUCUUAAAUCAGAUCUCACACAACAGCCGGCACAACCCCAUACCGAUUCCACUCCAACGGUGUCAAUUCACCAGCUCGACCUUGACAACCUUAAGGCUACGACGGGCUUCAUCCUCAAACCAAACACCACCACCGAUGCUGACCAGCCCCCAAGCAGUCUCACAGCGCGCAUUGCACCAUCCCUACCUGUCAAUCUCAUCUCCUCGGAACUUACAAUGGAACUGGGUCUCCAGGUGACAGAUUACGAUGGUGAUCGAGAGGACCAAGGUGUGGGAGUGCGAUUCAACGACGGGAACCUGGAGUACAGUUUAGGGAAGACGACGUUGAGAUGGAGGGCUGGUGAUGCGCAGAGUUCUGAGGAUGGAGACAAAUCAACGGUAGUCAUGUUGGAGUGUGAGGUGUUUGAUCGGAACGGGUUGGGCUUGGUUUUGGGUGUAGACGUGGUGGAUGAAAAGAAGGGCAGCUGA